AUGGAGCGGACGUCGUCGACCCGAACGACGCUGGUCGAAUUCAACGCCAUGACGAGCUUCCUCCAGGUCCCAGACAACUUUGACAUCCUCUCGGGCAAGGGGUCCAAGACCAAGCAACUGCGCAACGGUCAACGCCUCACGGUCCGCUAUGGUUACAAGCUUUUGGCAGAUUAUGUCAACCAGCUCCUCGCCAGCACGGGACGCCAGUGGACGGAAGCCAACGCCAAGA